AUGAGUACUUCAGCAGUUGAAGUUAGUGGUGAAAUAGUCAAAGCAAUGUGGGAUAAGAGAUUGACAGAAAUAUUUUGUGAUAUUUGUAUUAAAGAGAUAUUGAAAGGCAAUAGGCCUGGUACUGAUUUCACAAAAGAUGGAUGGUUGAAAAUAAUAACCAACUUUGAGAAAGAAACAGGCAAGGCUUAUUCACAAAGACAACUUAAAAAUAGGUGGGAUGCCCUAAAAAAAGAAUGGAAGGCUUGGAAGAAACUUAAAGGCGAAGAUACUGGUCUAGAAUGGAAUCCUAUAAAAAAAUCGUUAAUGCAUCGGAUGAUUGGUGGGAAAGUUGUGCCUGAAGCUAAAAAAUUUAGAACAUCAGGCAUCGAUCCUGAAUGUGAAGGGAAGUUGGACCAAAUGUUCAUGGGGAUAGUUGCAACAAGUGAUAAAGCAUGGGCACCUUCGUCUGAAAAUGAGGAAGAAAAUGUGAGAAAUGAUAUUCACAUUUUAAAUGAUGUUCAGAUUUCAAAUGAUUUUCACAUUGAUGGGAACGGUCAAAAAAGAAAAACACCUGAGAUAUCAAGUUCACAUUUUAAAACUGGAAGAAAGAAAUCCUCAAAUCAAAUUGGAGGGGCUGCAAUAUUGUCCAAUCAAAUAGAAAAAUUAUGCAAUGCAGCUGACAAUAUGAGUCAAGCUACAUCUAGUUUGACUCUUGUUAGGGAUCCAUAUGGUAUUCUACAAGCAGUCAAAGUGCUUGAUAGCAUGUCAGAACAAGUUCUAGAAGCUAGCCCGCUAUACUUUUUCUCACUUAAAUUAUUACUUAAUAAGGACAAACGAAUUAUGGUUUUUUCAAUUAAUCCCAAGAUUAGAGCUUUGUGGCUUAAGACGGAAAUGAAGGAUAGUUGA